UGUCUGGUGGCAAUAAAUAGUUCCAUUUUGAUUUGUACAUUUAUUUUAAAAAAUACAGGAAGCUGGUUAUUUUCUUCUUUAUUGUUUCUUAAAAGCUCGACAACUAUUCCGCAGUGCAUGAAAUCCAAAUCUUUACACGGAUCAGACAAAAAGGAGUGGUGAAUGAAAACAGCGUUAGCAUUGUUCCCGGUUGCUAAAAAAAGAUGGCGGCGUCCUUGAACAGAACAGAGGGUGGUAGGCUCCUGGCUCUCUUUAGCAAGCUUUAUUGUUUGAGUAUUUCUCCACCAAGCAGAUGCCUUCACGUCACUGCCAUUUGCUGCAAGAACCAAGCUGCUCGUGUACGAGUGGGAAAAGGAGACCGACCUGUGACCUACGAGCGGGCAAUGAAACCGCAUCACAUUGGCCACAGCAAAGGAUGGCUGUCCCAGCAUACCAGUAACCUUAAAGGAGAAAGAGGAGCGGCAGAUCGGGCCGUGGAGGAAUCAUUCAUCAGGAGGUUCAUGUUUGGGACAUUCCACGGCUGCCUGGCCAAUGAAGUCGUGAUCAAGAGGCGUGGCAACAUGCUAACGGUGUGCGCCUUAAUGCUUCAAAAGCUUCCACCGCCCAAGUUCUACUUCUUGAUCGGCUAUUCCGAGUCGCUGCUGUCACACUUCUACAAGUGUCCCGUCAAGUUGGACAUUCAGACGCUACAGGACAAACAAGUCUACAAGUAUCUCUAAGACUUUUUCACUUCCUGUUUGUGUGUGUGUCACCUCGUGAUGUGUUUGUGUACGUAAUACAAAUAAUUAAAGACUUGCUAAACUUUGACUAUCUGA